AUGCCCCCCCUAACCACCCUCCCCAUCCACUUCGGCCCGCACCUCAUCACGUCCCAAAUCUUCCACCUCACGCCCCUCACCUACGCGCUCGUAAACCUCAAGCCCCUACUCCCCGGACACGUCCUCAUCUGCCCACGGCGCGUGGUACCACGGCUCAAAAACCUCACCGCAGCGGAAACGAGCGACCUCUUCCUAACCGUGCAGCGCGUGUCGCGGAUGAUCGAGCGGGUAUACUCUGCCUCGGCGCUGAACGUGGCGGUGCAGGACGGCCGCGCGGCGGGCCAGUCCGUGCCCCAUGUCCAUUGCCAUGUCAUCCCAAGGUCGAUGGGCGAUAUGGAUGCGAGGGGCGGUGGGGACCGCGUGUACGAGAUGCUGGAGGGGGAGGAGGGCGAUUUGGGGAGCGCGUUGAGGGCGAGGGAGGGGAGGGGUGUGGCGAAGCCGGAUGCGGAGAGGGUGGCUAGGAGCGAGGAGGAGAUGAGGGAGGAGGCUGAGUGGUUGGCGGCGGAGAUGGCGAAGGAGGAGGGCGAGAGCGAGGGCGAAGGAAAGGCUGAGGGCGCUUGA